AUGCUUUGUCCCGCACCUACGCUGGCAGAGCGCGCAGCACUCGUAGGCAGCGGCAAGAGCCGGCCCACAGCUCGCUCCACGCACGUCAAAACGGCCCAACCAACCCCACACCCGCCGGCCUCGCGCUCCAACACAACAACAGCCCCGCCCUCACCUCUUGCCAUCGCCAACCAACUCACCACCGCGAGCGCCAUCCUCUGGGACCCCAAGUACACCUCUCGCCCGCCUCCAGGCACGCUCCGGCCAACGCACGUAGGCACGCUCUCGCUGUCCGCGCGCACCGACUCGUCAAUCUCACUCACAACCCUCGGCGGCGCCCAGCAGAUCACCAUGGACAACCGCAAGCACCCGAGCUCCUUCCAGCAGCUAGAGAAGCUGGGUGAAGGCACUUAUGCCACAGUCUUCAAAGGUCGCAAUCGCCAGACCGGCGAGUUCGUCGCGCUGAAGGAGAUCCACCUGGACUCUGAGGAGGGCACCCCAUCGACGGCAAUCCGCGAGAUCUCGCUCAUGAAGGAGCUGAAGCACGAGAACAUUGUCUCUCUGUACGACGUCAUUCACACAGAGAACAAGCUCAUGCUCGUCUUCGAGUAUAUGGACAAGGACCUGAAGAAGUACAUGGACUCCCGCGGUGACCGCGGCCAGCUCGACCCGCCAACCAUCAAAUCAUUCAUGUUCCAGCUCCUGCGCGGCAUCGCCUUCUGUCACGAGAACCGUGUCCUGCACCGCGAUCUGAAGCCCCAGAAUCUCCUCAUCAAUGUGAAAGGUCAGCUCAAGUUAGCCGACUUCGGUCUUGCCCGCGCGUUUGGUAUUCCCGUCAACACCUUCUCCAAUGAAGUUGUCACCUUGUGGUAUCGGGCUCCUGACGUUCUAUUAGGUAGUAGAACGUAUAACACUAGCAUCGACAUCUGGUCCGCUGGCUGCAUCAUGGCCGAGAUGUACACCGGACGCCCUCUCUUCCCUGGCACCACCAACGAAGAUCAGCUCCAAAAGAUCUUCCGCCUCAUGGGUACCCCUUCCGAGCGUUCCUGGCCGGGCAUCUCUCAAUUCCCCGAGUACAAGCCCAACUUCCAUGUCUACGCCACCCAGGACCUCCGCAUGAUUCUGCCACAGGUCGACCAGCUCGGCUUGUCCUUGCUCAACCAGAUGCUACAGCUCCGCCCGGAGAUGAGGACCUCGGCGCAAUCCGCGCUCAACCACCCGUGGUUCAACGAUCUCCCGAUGCGACAGCAAGUCGCUUUAGCCGCAGCUCAGUCUCAAGGCCCACAGGCUCAAGGUAGUGGCGGGUUCCCCGUGUCGUCAGGUGCUUAUUAA